UCACUGACGUGCCAUUCUGCAUUCUUAUCACCAAUACACCUGAUAAUAUGUGUGUGAAACAUGAGAUAAUCAUUCCAUGACCAAUUAAGCAUCAUAUCAUCAUCAUCACCUUUGGGAGCAGUUCCAUUCCAUUAAAUAAGUUCAGGCUCCGAUUUACUGUAAUUCCACAAAUUUUGGUAUAAUCUCUGUUGGACGGAAAUAGACUCAAUUUUAGCACUAUCAAAAAGAGUUUUAGCAAAAAGGAAAUAACAACUUUGUGAUCACUAUUUGAGAGAAAAAUGGCUAGAUUUUUUCGUGAACAAGAUAUCGAUGAAUUCAGGGAGUGCUUUUACCUCAACGCCAGAAAUGGUGGCAUGAUUCGGACCCUAGAUGAGUUGAGUCUCAUAAUGCGUUCGCUGGGAGAAAGUCCGACGAUGCCAGAGCUGAAAAAGUAUCUCCAAGAGAAAGGUGGGAAAAUGUCAUUCGCCGAUUUUCUGGACGUGAUGCACUCUCAUCAUCAAAAGGAAAAGAUACCCGAUGAGAUUCUUGAAGCGUUUAAAUCAGCAGAUCCAUCCGGUAAAGGGACAAUUCCUGCAAAAGAAUUGAAACACAUUUUGGGACGUUGGGGAGAAAAAUUAAGCCCUCGAGAAGUCGAUCAAAUAUUUCGAGAAGCUAACAUCAGUGCAAAUCCAAACGCUAAUGUCAAAUAUGCAGAUUUUGUCCGGAUCGUGUGUGCCCCAAUUCCAGACUAUUAUUGAUAACCAGUCAAUGAUCAAUAGUAUUUAUUAAUCUAAGCAAAAUAUUUAUGCAUAUAUUCGUAGUUUAAAUUUUCAUGAUGUAUCAAGGUACAACUAAUUAUUAUUAAGCUAUUACAGCUACCCUACUGUUUUACUAAAAUUGUUUUAUGUAUAUUAGCUUAGCUAUUAGCUGUUUGAUAAGUGCAUGUACCCAAAAUAAAUGAUAAUCAUAAAUUUGCC